AUGUCUGCUUGUGAGGUUUGCCAAAGAGUGAAGCUGAAGCAUCAGAAGCCAGCAAAAAUGCUCAACCUACUACCCAUUCCAAAGUGGAAAUGGGAAAAUGUGGCCAUGGACUUUGUUGGAGGGUUGCUAAUAGCCUUCAAUAGAUAUGACUCAAUAUGGGUUAUAGUGGAUAGGUUGACCAAGACUGCUUACUUCAUUCCUGUUAGAGCUAACUAUUCUGUGGAUAAGUUGGCUCAGGUCUAUGUGGCAAAGAUAAUAAGGUUGCAUCGAGCUCUAGUGACAAUAAUUUCCAACAGAGGACCACAGUUCACAUCAAGGAUCAGAAUAACACCGUAUGAAGCUAUGUGUGAGAGAAAAUGUAGGCCUCCUGUGUGUUGGAAAGAAGUAGGUGAAAGAGCUUUAGCAAGAAUGGAGUUGGUAGAAAUCACCAAUCAAGCCAUGCCUUUAAUCAGGAAAAGGUCGAAGACAGCAGCCGGUAGACAGAAAAGUUAUGCGGAUCUCCAUAGGAGAGAAGUGGUUUUCAAAGAAAGGGACAUGGUGGUUCCAAAGUUAGCUUUGCCUCCAAAAAUGGAGAGGAUCCAUCCGUUAUUCCAUAUUUCUAUGUUGAGGAAGUUCGUGUUAGAUCUAAACAAGGUUAUAAGUGAACCAGACAUGAAAAUUUUGGAAGAUCUUUCUUAUGUUGAAGAACGUAUUUGGAUUGAGGAUAUGCACAUUAGGAAGCUGAGGAACAAGGAGAUACCUAUAGUCAAGUUGUUAUUAAAUCACCACAACAUGGAAGAGUGCCCGUAG